UACUAUAUUUCAGCCAUGACUGCCAAAGAUUGCCCAUCAUUGUUGGGCUUUGGAACCACAAAAACAUUCAAAAUUCCCGUUGAACAUUUGGAUUUCAAGUACAUUGAAAAAUGUUCAGACGUUAAACAUUUGGAAAAAAUUCUUUGUGUGCUUAGGUCUGGAGAGGAAGGAUAUUAUCCUGAACUUAUAGAGUUUUGUGAAAAGCGCCUUCAAGGAUUGGCUCCUCAAAGUAGAGCUUUGAGGAAAGACAAACCUGCAGCGACAGAAUCCAGUUUCACAGCGAGAGAAUGGGAAAAAAUUGAUGGCGAUAUAAAGAAUUGGGUAACAGAAAUUAAAAAAGAAGAAAGUAAAAUAUAUUUUCAUGAAACUGAAACAUUUCCAGCAAAGGAAGAAAAUUUGCCUCCAGUUCGUGGUUCAAACAGCCAUCUUCAUGUUGCCAAAGGAAAAUGUUCUAAAAGUAGAUCGGCUAAAAAGAAUAUUCCAAGGGAUUAUGCAGAGUGGGAUAAAUUUGAUGUGGAAAAGGAAUGUUCAAAAAUUGAUGAAGAUAGCAAAGAAAAAACUCUAAUAAACAACAAGUCACAUUUGUCUAAAAUUGAGACAAGACUAGACACAGCAGGUCUGACUGAGAAGGGAAAGGAUUUUCUUGCUACUCGUGAAAAGGAAAAAGGAAAUGAAGCUUUCAAGUCAGGAGAUUAUGAAGAGGCUGUGAAAUACUAUACAAGGAGCAUAUCCGUGCUUCCCACCGUAGCAGCGUAUAAUAAUCGAGCUCAAGCAGAACUCAAACUACAGAACUGGAACAGUGCUUUUCAGGAUUGUGAAAAGGUCUUGGAGUUAGAGCCUGGAAACGUAAAAGCUCUUCUGCGCCGUGCCACUACAUUUAAACAUCAGAACAAGCUCCAGGACGCGAUGGAGGAUUUGCGCCAAGUGCUGGAUGCUGAACCUGAUAACGAGUUGGCCAAAAAAACCCUGUCAGAGGUUGAAAGAGAGCUGAAAAAUUCUGCGCCCGCAUCUAAGACUCACACCAAGGGGAAAAGGAUGGUUAUUCAGGAAGUAGAAAACUCAGAAGAUGAAAAUGGAAAAGAAAGCGAAAGAAAACAUGAAGAUGGCAGUAGAGAUAAGAAGGCCGCCGAGCCCGCGGCCGCCGCGCGCGCCAUGGGCAACAUCCAGAGGAAGAUGACGGGCCGGGGCGAGGCGGGCAAGCGGCCGGAGAAGGGCGCGCCGCGGCGGGGUCGCACGCCGGGGCCCGGCGCCGACCAGCGGGGCCGCCCGAGCGCCCCGGCCCCCGCCGGCCGCGCCAACGGGCACCCUGGCGGCAGCAAAGGCGCCCGGGACCCGGUGGCGGCCGACGCGUCCCCGGCACCCGGCGCCCCGCCGCCCGCCCCCGCCGCCCCGGCCGGCCCCUCGGGCCUGAAGAGCCAGGGCAACGAGCUGUUCCAAACCGGACAGUUCGCCGAGGCGGCGCUCAAGUACUCGGCGGCGAUCGCGCAGCUGGAGCCCGCAGGAAGCGGAAGCGCGGACGAUCUAAGUGUCUUAUAUUCAAAUAGAGCAGCGUGUCACCUCAAGGAAGGAAACUGCAGUGGCUGCAUUGAAGACUGUAACAGGGCUCUGGAACUUCAUCCAUUCUCCGUUAAACCUCUUCUUCGACGAGCAAUGGCCUAUGAAACUUUAGAGAAGUAUCAGAAAGCUUAUGUGGAUUACAAAACGGUGUUGCAAAUAGACUGCGGAAUCCAGACAGCCAGUGACAGUAUUAACAGAAUAACAAGAAUUUUAAUGGAUCUGGAUGGACCACGCUGGCGGGAGAAGCUGUCACCCAUACCUUCUGUGCCCACUUCUGCGCAGUUGCGAGCGUGGCGGCCUACGGCAGAGACGCCCCCAGGCCAAGUGGGAGAUUCCUGCAGCCAUCACCAACCGGGCAGCACAGAUGAAAAAACGUUUAAAACCCUUAAAGAAGAAGGAAACCAAUACGUAAAGGACAAAAACUAUAAAGACGCACUUAGUAAAUACAGUGAAUGCUUACAGAUUAACAAUAAGGAAUGUGCCAUUUAUACAAACAGAGCUCUCUGUUACUUGAAGCUGUGCCAGUUUGAAGAGGCAAAGCAGGACUGUGAUCAGGCGCUUCGGAUAGACGACGGGAACGUGAAAGCGUGCUACAGGCGAGCUCUUGCCCAUAAAGGACUCAAGGAUUAUCAGAAUAGUUUGAAUGAUCUCAAUACAGUUCUCCGGCUAGACUCAAGUAUUGUGGAGGCCAAGAUGGAACUGGAAGAGGUGACCAGAUUCCUUAAUGUGAAGGAUCAGGCAGCAUCACUCAACAAAGAAAAGGAGAGAAGGAAAAUUGAGAUUCAAGAGGUGAAUGAAGGCCACGAAGAGCUUGGAAGGACCCCCGAGGAGGUCUGCACGGGCUGCCCUGCCUCUGAGGGGGACACCAGCUGUGGGCCACCAGGACACGAUGAGAAACUGCCCAUCACCAAGCCCAGCAAUGCCUAUGAGUUCGGGCAGGCGAUGAACGCUGUCAGUGCUAGAAAAGAUAAAGCAGCCUGUGCACAUCUGUUAGCCAUCACUGAGCCGAAGGAUCUGCCAGCGUUGCUGAGUAACAAACUCGAAGGGGAUCUAUUCCUCCUCCUCAUUCAGUCUCUGAAAAGUGAACUUAUUGAUAAAGAUCCCUCAUUGGUAUAUCAGCAUCUUCUAUAUCUGAGUAAAGCAGAAAGGUUUAAGAUGAUGUUGACCCUAAUUAGCAAGGGCCAAAAGGAGCAAAUUGAACAGCUUUUUGAUGACCUCUCGGACACACCAAACAAACAUUUUACUUUAGAAGAUGUACAGGCCCUAAAAAGGCAGUAUGAGCUUUAAAUCAGGAUUAUUGUUAGAUCUCUUCCAUGCAUGCAUGUGCUCCAGUAACACUAGUGAGAUGGUAUUGUCAUACAGUUGCAUGGAUAAAACCUUGCUUAGAAAAGAUCCCUGGGUCUGGACUAUAAAAUAUUUUACUUAUUUUUAUACAUAGAACAUGUAUAUUCUACAAACUGCUUUUUAUCAGUUGUAAAUAUUUUCUUAUGUACCAGAGCUAACAUCUUUAUAUUUAAUAAUAAGUAUAUUUGGAACUUAUUCAGAUGCAUUUUAAUUUAUAUCAUACAUUUCCUUUAAUAACUUGUUAAAAAUUUGAGUUAAAUUGUAUUUCUUUGGGCUAUGAAGGCAUCCACUUAGGUUUGACAGAAAUAUAUUUCUUUAAAAUGCAUUUUUAAAAGUGAAAAUCAUUAACAGUGAUUAUGUCACCUUUAUUUUCGGCUAACACAUACAUAUAAGUCCCAUUUUAUACUACUUGUAUAUUACAGUCUGCUAAGAUAAAAUGCAAUACUUAAAUCCAUAAUAUGAAAUGAUUAUUAAAUAAAUUGUGAUUAUCAAUUUAAAGCUA